UCAUUAAACCCUAAUCAUAAACCCUAUCAAACCUUCUAACUUACCGAGAAAUUCUUUCUUCCCCCUCACCUUCUCGGCUUCCAAACAAUUUUCUGAUACAAAUGAAUUACAGAUUCCAGAAUUUGCUCGGAGCUCCAUACAGAGGGGGCAACGCAGUCAUCACCCAAAACACACAGCUAAUUUCACCGGUAGGUAACCGUGUUUCCAUCACAGACCUCAUAAAAUCCCAAACCGUAACCUUACCUCUCCAAUCCUCCACCAACAUCCGGCGAAUCGCCGCCUCUCCAGAUGGCACAUUUCUAAUCACAAUCGACGAGAACAAUCGGUGUCACUUCAUCAACAUUCCUCGGCGUGCGAUACUACACCGUAUCACAUUCAAGGAAACUGUACACGACGUUAAAUUUAGCCCGGACAGUAAGUUAAUUGCUGUUGCUACCGGUAGAUUAGUUCAAAUUUGGCGGUCGCCGGGUUUUAAGAAGGAAUUUUUUGCAUUUGAAUUGGUUAGGACUCUUGCUGAUUGUGAGGAUACUGUAUUAGUUAUUAAUUGGAGCCUUGAUUGUAAGUAUUUGCUUAUUGGGUCUAAAGAUUUGACUGCUAGGCUUUUUCCCGUUGAGAGGUUGAAUGAUGGGUUUACUAGUAAUAAGCCUUUUUUGUUUUUAGGACAUAGAGAUGCUGUUGUUGGUUGUUUCUUUGGUUAUGAUAAGAAAAUUAGUGAUAGGGUUGAUAGGGUAUAUACGAUUGCUCGCGACGGGUAUAUUUUUAGUUGGAGUUAUAUGGGUGAUGAUGAUGGUAAAUUUGAUAAUGGGGAGGAUGAUGGCUCCGAGCCGUUGUCGCCAGGGACACCGGAGAAAGAUGGGGAAGGGGAUUUGGAUAUGGAUGGUGGAAUUAGAAGGGUUGUGAAAAAAAGAAAGGGUUUUGAAGGGAAAGGUGGGAAUGCUGACGAAAAGGUGGAUUAUUUGCAUAGAGGGAAAUGGAAAUUGGCAAGGAAAGAUGGGUUUAUGCAAUCUCAUGCGAAAGUGACUGCUUGUGAUUACCAUAAGUUACUUGAUAUGGUGGUUGUUAGUUUUUCUAAUGGUGUUUUUGGGUUGUAUCAAAUGCCGGAUUUUAUUUGCAUUCAUUUGCUGUCGAUUUCGAGGGAGAAGAUUACUACUGCGGUCUUUAAUGAGACGGGGAAUUGGUUAACCUUUGGUUGUGCAAAGUUAGGUCAACUUCUUGUGUGGGAAUGGCGGUCUGAGAGUUAUAUACUGAAGCAGCAAGGGCAUUAUUUUGAUGUUAAUUGCUUGGCUUAUUCACCAGAUUCACAGUUGUUGGCUACUGGAGCAGACGAUAACAAAGUGAAGGUUUGGAAUGUUUCUUCAGGUUUUUGCUUUAUAACAUUCUCAGAGCACACUAAUGCAGUUACGGCUCUUCAUUUUAUGGCUAAUAACCAUUCUCUGUUAAGCGCUUCUCUUGACGGGACAGUUCGUGCAUGGGAUUUAUUCCGAUACCGUAAUUUCAGGACAUUCACUACCCCUUCGUCAAGGCAGUUUGUGUCUUUGGCGGCAGACCAAAGUGGUGAAGUAAUUUGUGCAGGAACUUUAGAUUCUUUUGAGAUAUUUGUUUGGUCAAUGAAGACUGGUCGUUUGUUGGAUGUCCUUAGCGGUCAUGAAGGUCCUGUGCAUGGGUUGACAUUUUCUCCUACAAAUGCAGUAUUAGCUUCAUCAUCAUGGGACAAAACAGUUCGUUUAUGGGAUGUCUUUGAAGGUAAAGGUUCAGUUGAACCUUUUACUCACACACAUGAUGUUCUUACGGUAGUUUAUCGCCCGGAUGGAAGGCAACUGGCUUGCAGCUCAUUAGAUGGGCAAAUUCAUUUUUGGGACCCUGUAGAUGGCUUGUUAAUGUAUACCAUUGAGGGCCGCAGGGAUAUUGCUGGGGGACGCCUCAUGACUGAUCGUAGAUCAGCAGCAAACUCAACUGCUGGGAAAUGCUUCACAACCUUAUGCUAUUCUGCUGAUGGGAGUUACAUAUUAGCUGGUGGAAGUAGCAAGUACAUCUGCAUGUAUGACGUUGCUGAUCAGAUUCUUCUACGUCGCUUUCAAAUAACCCACAACCUCUCAUUAGAUGGAGUCCUCGACUUUUUGAACUCAAAGAAUAUGACUGAUGCUGGUCCCCUUGAUUUAGUCGAUGAUGAUGAUUCAGAUACAGAAGAAGGCGUUAAUAAACAAGUGCGAACAAAGUUGGGCUAUGAUUUGCCAGGCUCUAUGCCCAAUCGUGGAAGGCCCAUUGUUCGAACGAAAUGCCUUAGAAUUGCACCCACUGGGCGCAGCUUUUCUGCAGCAACCACAGAAGGAGUUCUAGUUUAUUCAGUUGACGAGUCAUUUAUCUUUGAUCCUACUGAUCUUGACAUAGAUGUGACUCCGGAGGCAGUUGAUGAAGCACUGAACGAGGAUCAACCAAACAGAGCUUUGAUUCUCAGCCUUCGUCUAAAUGAGGAUUCUCUAAUUAAAAAAUGUAUUUUUUCCAUCAAUCCGUUGGAUAUACCAGCUAUGGCAUCGUCGGUUCCUUACAGAUAUCUUCAGAGGUUGAUAGAGGCACUUGCUGAUCUAUUGGAAAGCUGUCCACACUUGGAGUUUAUACUUCGAUGGUGUCAGGAGCUGUGCAAAGCUCAGGGUAAUUCAAUUCAGCAGAAUUCCAGAAAUCUUCUUCCAUGUUUAAAAUCUUUGCAAAAGGCAAUUACCAGAAUACAUCAGGAUUUGGCAGAUACUUGUUCUUCAAAUGAAUAUAUGCUCCGAUACUUAUGCUCUGCAAGCAGCAACAAAUGAUGGAUGCAACACAGAUCUAAAACAGCAAUUUCACAUCCAGUUGUUUACUACUAAUAUAUCAAAUGUGGAUCCAAAGAGUGGAUCCAAAGACGGGCAUCGACAAGCUAAAGGCGCGUAUCUUACAUUUUUUGGCAAGUGAAAGCAAGCAAGUCCAAGGAAUCCUAACAGGUGACAAUAGCUCAUCAUUUUCAAGAUCGAGUGCAGCAUCGGUUCCCCAUUUGCUGACACUGAAGAGGAUUCAUGAAAUAUAAAUUAUAGGCAAAUCGAUGCAUUUCUGUACAACACACCCUUGUAUGCUAAAAUAACAAAGUCCAUUGAAAUUUUGGGUUUUCCUUUUCCUUUUGUUUUUGCUUAUUUAUUUGAACAAAAUAUCCUUCUCUCAUUGAUUGUACUCUUUCCAUUUUGCAGAGAUUGCCUACAACUGUAGACCUGGGAAAUGUAUAACUAUAUUUAGAUUAGAUCCUAACAUUACUAGGUCCA